AUGAUGUUCUCAUUCCACGCCGGCCACUCUUCCCCACAUGGCCAGACCUUGAGCGAACCCAAGCCGAAACGGGCCAAGAUUAGAAUUGCCUGCAAUGUAUGCAAGGCCAGGAAAACCAAGUGCGAUGGUGCUAGACCAAUCUGCGGUCCCUGCUCGAGACGGAAACGAACCUCGCAUACCACGGCCUGUGAAUACCGUGAGGCUGAUGUCAGUGAGCAGUCGAGCCACACAAGUGAGCGACUAUCGAACGACUGCCCACAAAUCAAUGAUGAUGAUGCUGCCAGCAGCUUCAGUGGAUUCGUCCCGACCGGCGGCCUGUUUGGCGCAUCCAGUGGUGCACACCUCCUCCCAGAUGUCGGAAUCCAGGUAGGCGCACCCGGUACCCCUGCCAACAAAAUACAAAAUCGGACUUCAAUACUACCAAAAGCAUUGAAACGUCUGCCAAAGUUGCAAAAGCAAUAUCACAACGAACAUGCAGAUGUGGAGUUUGCCGUUCCUCCACGAAAGCAGGCGGACAACCUUCUGAGCCUCUACUGGGACUAUGUCGACAGCGCUUACCCCUGGCUAGACAGGCCUUCAUUUGAAAAAGCAUACGAGACCCUAUGGGUUCGUGAUGGCGAACUGACAAUGAACGAGACCGUCCUCCAUUGCCUUCUGAAUCUCAUGUUCGCCACAUCCUGUGUCGCAUCUCAAGGGGAAACCCCGCUUGACCGCUAUCCAUCCUCUGUUGUCUUCUUCGACCGAGCUCAGGCGCUGAUGUCCUACAAUCUGAUGGACAUGUACAACAUUGAAAUAAUUCAGAUACUGUUACUCACAGCAGUUUAUCUCCAGCAUGACAAAGAGCCCCAGAAGUGCUUCCGGAUUAUUGGAACCGCGAUUCAUGUCGCCCAGGAGCUUGGAUUACAUAUCCCUGAGACAACGGAGGGGAUGGACAACCCAAAAGACCGAGACCUAGCGCGUCAGGUUUGGAACGGAUGCGUUAUUAUGGACAGAAUCUGCGCCAUGACUUUUGGCUGCCCCCUCAAAGUCCCUCGAUCGGUCGCACAGGAAGGGUUGAACGCGCUAGUACUUAAGUCUGAAGAAACCAGGAGCGACACUCCAACUAUCAGCCUACCAUCGAAACUAACUUUUUACACAUCCUUUUGCCGACUACACCACAUUAUAGCAGAAGUACUUGAGACGUUCUUUGCCUUCGAUGACAGCAAGAAUCGUCAUUAUGCCUCUAGCAAUGUCAAUGAUCGCGAGGAAAGCUGUGCACUCCUUUUUGACAAAUUCGCGAGCUUACUUCGCAUCGAUUCUACCCUGAAUAAUUGGGCCCGUGGCCUGCACCCGUUCUUUCAGAUGCCGUCAGAGCUGGAAGAUCCCACGCCAACAAAGCACAUCACUCGUGAAGCGAAUAUCCUACGAGCCAGGAUCCUGCUUCUACAGAUACAUCAACAGAAGGCCGAGAACGCGCCUGGUACUGGUCUCUAUGCGGAUGAUGACCAGAUCAUGCCCCACAUUGUAUUCCAAUGCCAGGUGAACUGCACAAAGGCGGCCAUCGACAUGGUUGAAUUUAUCGUCCGGAACUCCCCCGGGCAGAAGCAGGCCUACAUCUUACCAUCCAAUUGGUACACUGUCUCAUCUCAAUCAUCGCCGCAGAUAGUGGAACACUUCUCCGCGUCUCGCUUGCAGGGCAUUCUGCAACGUGCACGAGACAUUCUCAGCAAUUAUGAAAAACAUACUACGCUGGCAUCGAGGUGCCGUUCUGCAUUGAAUUUAAUUGAGCAAAGCAUUAGUCGGCGCACAUCAAUAGCGAACAUUGGACACCCUGAAGCGUUACCAGUUUCCAGAGGUCAUGACAACACAUCCGUGCAGAACUUUGUCAUAGGUUCUCAAGAGCCUCCGGCGAUGAUGGGGGACGAUUUGGGAAUCAUAGAGAACUAUACCUUCGAUUGGAACAACUGGCCCAUGUUCUUCGCGCAGCUCGGCGAUGAAGCACCGCUUCCCGAUAGUUGGGGGUUGUAG